CCAUCAUCGCGUCCUUUUGCGUCGUGGACUGGAUGAUCGAGGUGCUUCACCAACACAGCGAGCACCUCGCUUUUUCGCGCGCGCAUUGUGUCGUAGCUUCUUAGCCGGUCAAACUCCAUCAGACAAACCCGCCGACCUACUCUCUCAUCAUUAUCGUCUCUGAAUCAACACCUUGACGUCGCCAGCCUGGGUAAAAGCGCGCCCUACACACCCUACGCUUCCUCCGCACGCUCAGAGCCGCCGUCGUAUGCGCAAACACCACCGCCAACUAAGACCGUCCCAGCGCGCUGCACUCUACCGGUCCCUGCUUACUAUCGCCCCCCCAGUACUCCAGUCCCAGCCAUUCUGUGCUUGGCACACUUGUUCGAGGUUCCAGGCCUGGUGGUACCUGGGAAGUCGAGUCGAGUCUGGGAGAGGAGAAACGGCGAUAAUCAAACCCGGCCUGUCAUACCAUACCAUACCACACCCCCCCCCCCCUUCUUUGGACUCUCUCUGGAGCCUCAAAGCAGUGAUCACUCCCUGCCUGUUUUGAAUCUCGACGAUCCCCGUCUCUCCCGCUUCCCCGUCCAGCUCAUCCCGGCACACCAAGCUCCGACCCACCCCCGCCCGUCAGUCCAACCCGCGCCAUGUGUGGCCAGCAUGAAGACGGGGACGCGAACUCCUCCACUGCCGUCAUCUCGCCCUCGCCCUCAUCGACUCCCUUCCCCUGGGAAUCCGGCAUCUACGAUGCUCAUUGCCACCCCACGGAUACCAUGUCGACCGUUGACCGCAUCCCCGCCAUGCGCGCCGCUGCUCUAACUGUCAUGGCCACCCGGAGCCAAGACCAGGCUCUUGUCGCUGAGGUUGCUGCGUCCCACGGCGUUCGCUCAAAGUACGAGAUGUCUCAGGGUCAUCUGAUCCCCUCCUUUGGCUGGCAUCCGUGGUUCUCCUACCAGCUAUUCGACGACACCGUGCCCGAGGCUGAGAGGACCUACCCCGAGGGCCAGCCCGACGCGAAGACGCGCCAUUACCACGCCGUCCUAGCCCCCGCCCCAGAGGACCCCGACUUUCUCGACGCCUUGCCCACCCCGCGUUCUUUGUCAUCCUUUUUGGCCGAUACGCGCCGCCGCCUCCAAGACCAUCCCCUUGCUCUAGUCGGUGAGGUUGGUCUCGACAAGGCCUUUCGCCUGCCCGAAGGAAGGACCGACGCUGAUGAGUCCUCGCGUGACCGGACCCUGACCCCGGGCGGUCGUGAGGGGCGUCGUCUGGCGCCUCAGCAUGUCAAGAUGCCCCACCAGGUUGCCGUGCUGAAAGCCCAGCUGGCGCUUGCGGGUGAGCUCGGCCGCCCUGUGAGCGUCCAUGGCGUCCAGGCCCAUGGCCUUCUCCACGAUACCCUCUCCUCACUGUGGAAGGGUCACGAGAAGGAGGUCGUCAGCAGGAAAAAGAAGCGCCUCGUUGCCGAGGGAGCCGAGGAUUUUGAUUCUGACGAUGAGCCCGAGGAGGAUAACUUUGGCCGAAAAAACGUGCCGCCGAAGCCGUAUCCCCCACGAAUAUGCUUACACUCGUACUCUGGGUCCGCCGAGAUGUUGAAGCAGUACACUAACCCGGCCAUCCCGGCCCGUGUAUUCUUCUCCUUCUCUUCCGCUAUUAACUUAGGGACCAAGGCAGGAGCUGACAAAAUCGUCGAGGUCCUCCAGGCAUGUCCCGACGACAGCCUUCUGGUGGAAAGCGACUUACAUAUCGCCGGCGAGGAAAUGGAUGCCAGACUGGAAGAGAUGUACCGCAAGGCCUGCGAGGUCAAGGGAUGGGGCCUUCAGGAAGGCGUCGAGCGUAUAGGGAGGAACUACCGGAACUUCAUAUUUGGCUGAACACGUCACAGUUGUGGAUAGGACGACUAUGGCACGGAUGCCAGGUUUGCUUCACAAUAGCGCAGACUAACAGCAGUCGACCGCACACGCAUCACAACAUCAGUAUCCAUCUUGGGCAGGCCGGUUCUGGGCCGUUCAUCGAGUAAGGCUACAGAGAGACACAGUUUACUUUGCAGGCUACGCGAAACGGCCGCAACCAUCUCCCUUGACUUGUGACAUGAACCACUCAACAGCGCCGGCUCCUCCAUUGGCUUCACGAUGGCCACGAACAAAUAAGUCAGACAAUGCGAUAUCAACUGCGGGAUAGUCUUCGGGAUUACUUCUAAGUGCUGACGUACGUAUGCUUGACUUGACCGUAUAAAACAUAUUUGGUCAGGAUGACACCGCCGUCUAUAGACAGCUCUCGUCUU